AUGCUAGCAUCCCUCGUCGCUCACGCCCUGCCCGAGGGAGCUCCGGCCUAUCUGGAGUCGGACCUCGUGCGCCAGCUGGUCUACUUACAGAACCUCUACUCUGUUAUACUCAGCGGCGACUUACAGCCGUGA